UAUUUGAAAAGGAGAUCAUCUAGCCUAUUAAUUGCAUUUGCAAAAACAUGCAAAACUAAGACAUAUGUGCUCUAAUUUUAUAUGAUUUUGUUUUGGCUCAAUUAUUGCAUAAAAUGUGUUAUAUUUUUUAGUAUCAACAUUUUAUUUUUGUUUUAAACAUUUCCUGGCAAUUCCGUUACUCUUGGAUUAUUUAUAGGGUCGAUGUGUAACGCAGAAGAGACCUCUAAAGAUGUCAAGCAGGAGAUGUGCUCACUUAUUCCUUCUUGGGGUGGCAUUAAUUUUAUUUCUUACAUUUUCGAAAUCAUCUGGGACACUAGUGAGGAAUUCAGCCCAUAAAGGAGUACACGAGACGCAGCGGAGAAUUGCGGGCGGGUACCACCAUACGACCGUUAAUUAUCAGGUUUAUCACACUCAGUGGAGGAUGCCAACGACUUCAAAACCCACAUUAAAACAGAAACAGUUCCAUUUUAAUGGAAAGAAACACUGGAAAUACGCAACUAAUGUGACACUACAGUUAAACGGGCCUAAUGUAUGUGGAAACAGGUGCUGCCACGGAUGGACCCUUUCACCCAAGACUCAGAAAUGCACCAAACCAAGGUGCCUUCCACGCUGCCACAACGGAGCCGUGUGCAGGCAGCUCAACACAUGUGAAUGCAGAACGGGCUUCUACGGGGCCCGCUGUGAGUUUGCAAGCGUGACCUACGGCCUCGUAGGCCUUCCCUGGGCCUUACUGCGCCCCACCAGCCCCAUGGUCAGCACCACCACCACCACCUCAGCACCAACCAUCACCCUCCCACCAUCCACCGUCAUCCCCACCACCACCACCCCAGUGCCUGCUGAGACCACAGCUGCAUGGAGGACAGAGGGGACACCAGCCAGCACCACCAACCCAGAGACCAAGAAAUAUUACACUGUGCGCUGGCAACCUCUUACUCUGCAGGAGGCCCAGUUACUGCUACUAAAGAAGGCAUUGGCCCGUGGGGGCCGAGGCGACAAGAUGACCACCAUCCUGAUGAAACACAUCGAGACAGAGCGCAAGAAGCUCCAAUCAGCCUCACCGUCAGACCUACAGGACACCCGGACCACCAGUGUCAAGAGCUUCCACACCCAGAAGGGCCAGUACACUGUCCAUGUGAGCCCAUCUGCGGCCAGCAACCAGACCGCCGGCCACCGAGGAGGAACGGCAGCAGGGGCAGGAAGGAGAGGAGCUGAGCGCAUCAAGGUGCUCUUCACCCCGACCAUCUGCAAGGUGCGCUGCACCCAGGGACGCUGCACCAACUUCUGCGAGCAGGGCAAUGUGACCACCCUCUACAACAGUGAACAGGGGGGCCGGGCUGCGCUGGGACCGGGCUUCAGAGUCUUCCUGUGCCCCAUGUUGUGUCAAAAUGGAGGGGUCUGCAUCCAGAAGGACCGCUGCCUCUGCCCGCCAACCUUCACCGGCAAGUUCUGCCACAUCCCCGUGGCCACGCCCUCCACCAAUGACAUUGAGAAGCCUCCACGCAUCCCCUCGGUGCUGGCCAGUCAGCAGCUGCUGACCCAGUCGGAGUACAUUCUCCCCCUGCAGAGCCAGCAGCAGAGCCACAGUCAGCCCAGCGGUGCGUCUGGCUCAUCCAUGGUCAAGGUGCGGGUGCAGCACCCCCCAGAGGCCAGCGUGAAGAUCCACCAGGUGCUGAAGGUGGGGUAUGGGCCAGGCACGGUUAGGGAGCAGUCGGAGACGGUCACCUGGUCAGCAGGCCUCUCGGGGGCCAGGACCAGUGUUCUGCCAGGGGAGAGGGCCGAAGCCCCACCACCCAAACCCAGAGUCCAGGCCCAGACCAUCCAUGGUGACUCCACCUACACAGAAUCCUCCGGGUUCAAGUACUGCUUCAGGGAGGUCCGCAACGGCCAGUGCAGCUCACCUCUCCCAGGACUCAGGAGUCAGGACACCUGCUGCCGAGGGAUUGGACUGGCCUGGGGCAUCAACGAGUGUGUCCUCUGUCCCCCUAACAAAGGAAAUGGAGUCGAUGGGAGCUGUCCGGCUGGAUUUGAGAGGAUCAACGGCACCCAGUGUGUUGAUGUUAAUGAGUGUUUGCAGCCAGGCUUCUGUGAGAACGGCAACUGUGUGAACACUCGGGGGAGCUACAGUUGUGUCUGCAGGCAAGGAUACAUACUGGACGCCUCUCACGGGAUCUGUAUCUCUCGUAAGGUGAUCUCGGAGGAUAAGGGCCAGUGCUAUCGUAUCCUAAACUCUGGCUCUGGCCGUGGUAGCUGCUCCGUGCCCAUCCUCAGGAACAUCACCAAGCAGAUCUGCUGCUGCAGCCGUGUGGGCAAGGCCUGGGGCAAGAACUGUGAGAGGUGUCCCUACUUUGGAUCAGUUGCUUUCAAGGAGAUCUGCCCAGCAGGGCCUGGCUACCACUACUCUGCCUCUGCCAUCAAGUUCAACCAGAGGGUGGUGGAGCAGCACGGGACUGGAGGUCCCCCUGUCAUAUCCCAGAGCACCCCACAGACCAGGCCACAACAACCAGCCAGUAGUGGUGCACUGACUCCCCAAACUAGGCCCCAACAAUCUUCAAACUCAGGCUUUUUCACUUCCCAAACUAGACCCCAACAGCCAGAUGAUAGAGCUCUCACACCUCAGACCAGACCCCAGCAGCCAUCGAGUGGAGGCUCCCUGUCCCCCCAGGGCAGACCACACAUCCCAGCCAUCUCUGUUACAGCAGGACCCACCCGGGUGGUGACAGCUCUACCCCCCACUCAGACCCAACGGCCUCCAGUUGACCGACGGCCAGUAUCUCCAGUGAGACCCGCCCAGCCCCUCCCAUCUCCGGUCACGCCCCGCCCACCCAUCCCCAGGCCAGUGCGGGGUGUGUGUGAGACCAUGCCCCAGGUGUGUGGACAGGGCCGCUGUGUGGACCAGCCCGGAGGGAGACAUACCUGCAUCUGUAACGAGGGAUACCAACACAAUGCUCAGCAGACUCAUUGUCAAGACAUAGACGAGUGCAGGAAGUCUCCCCCGCCCUGCGGCAGCGGCCGCUGCCAAAACACAGAAGGGGGCUACAGGUGCAGCUGCCCCUCUGGAUACCAGCCGGGACCCCAGGGCACCAGCUGUAUAGAUGUCAAUGAGUGCAUCCAGGCUCUCAGUCCCUGUUCUGUUGGGGAGUGUGAGAAUACACCAGGCCGCUACAGAUGUGUGUGUCCUGCUGGCUUCAGAGCCAACUAUCAACAGACGCAGUGUCAAGAUAUUGACGAGUGUCGUCAGGUUCCGAACCCCUGUAACAACGGUCGCUGUGAGAAUAGCCCUGGUAGCUUCAAGUGUGUCUGCCGCACUGGGUACAAGCUAGAGGGCAACACGUGUAAAGAUGUGGAUGAGUGUGAGGACCCCUUGAAGUGUCCUGGUCAGGCCUGUGUCAACUCUCCAGGAUCAUACAAGUGUGUGUCUUGCCCACCAGGGUUUGGGCUGCUGAACGAACAAUGCCGAGAUGUUGACGAGUGCCGUCAGACCCCCAGCCUUUGCACCAAUGGUCGUUGUGAGAACACUCCCGGGAGCUACAGGUGUGUUUGCCAUACGGGAUACAAACUACAAGGCAAGACCUGCACAGAUGUGGAUGAGUGUGAGGACCCUUUGAGGUGUCCUGGUCAGGCCUGUGUCAACUCUCAGGGUUCUUACAACUGUGUGUCUUGCAAGCCAGGCUUCAGCAUGAUUAAUGGACAAUGCUCAGAUAUAGAUGAGUGUCGUCAAUUCCCCGGCCCAUGCACCAACGGUCACUGCGAGAACACCCAGGGUAGCUACAGCUGUGCGUGUCUCACUGGCUACAGACUACACGGUGAUACCUGUACAGACGCGGAUGAAUGUGCAGACCCGUCCCAGUGCCCUGGACAGGAGUGUGUCAACUCCCAGGGCUCAUACAAGUGUGUGUCCUGCAAGCCAGGCUUUGGGCUGGUGAACAGACGCUGCACAGAUGUUGACGAGUGCCUCCACAGCCCCACUCCCUGCGCUAACGGUCGUUGUGAGAAUACGGCUGGAAGCUACAAGUGUGCGUGCCGAUCUGGCUUCAGGCUACAGGGCAACACCUGCACAGAUGUGGAUGAGUGUGAGAACGCUCUGCAGUGUCCUGGUCAGAAGUGUAUCAACUCUGAGGGCUCCUUCAUAUGUGUGGCCUGUAGCCCAGGCUUUGAGGCUGGAAACGGACAGUGUACAGAUGUUGAUGAGUGUCGGCAGACCUCCAACCUAUGUACCAACGGCCUCUGUGAAAACACUCUCGGUAGCUACCGGUGCGUUUGUCGCACCGGGUUCAAACUACAGGACAGCGUCUGUAUUGACGUUGAUGAAUGUGAAGACCCCUCACAGUGUCCUGGGCAACGGUGUGUGAAUUCUGAAGGCUCCUACAAGUGUAUCGCCUGCAAAGCUGGCCACAGUAUGCAAGAUGGGUUAUGCGCAGAUGUGGAUGACUGCCAGAGCCCUGACACCUGUGGUGCAGCGAGACUGUGUGUGAACACGGACGGCUCCUACCGCUGUGACUGUCACCCAGGCUACAGAACCACUGGCCUUGGACGCCAAUGUAGAGACGUCAACGAGUGUCUAGAGGGGGAGUACUGCUUCCCCAAGGGAGAGUGUGUGAACACAGAGGGCUCCUACCGCUGUGUGUGCUCCCAGGGUUACACCACCAGCAGCGACGGCAGCUCCUGCCUAGAUGUGGAUGAGUGUGCCAGGUCAGGCCCGGGGGUGUGCCAGGAUGGGCGCUGUGUCAACACAGAGGGCUCCUACCAGUGCCAGUGCCAAGUGGGAUUCACCACCAACCCAGAGAAGACAGCCUGUCUGGAUGUAGAUGAGUGCUCAGAGGGAGCAGUGUGUUGGUCACAACGUUGUGAGAACACCAUUGGCUCCUACCGCUGUAUCACCUCCUGUGAGCCGGGCUACCGGGUCACCCGCACCGGAGAGUGCGUCGAUAUCAAUGAGUGUGCCAAUGAGACCGUAUGCGGGGAGCAUGCGUUCUGCCAGAACCUAAUUGGAACAUACCAGUGCAUGUGUGACCAGGGCUACACAGCCACCAGCGAUGGGAAGGGAUGUGCGGAUGAAAACGAGUGUGAGACUAUGCAGGGUGUGUGUGGCGCGGCGCGCUGUGAGAAUGUGGAUGGCUCCUUCAUGUGUGAGUGUCCAGGACAGGGGGAAGAGUUUGAUACGCGCUCAGGACAAUGCCUCAGCACGCACCGACCAGGUCUUCCCGUGUUCCCUGGCGGCUCCUCCUCGUCUUCGUCUUCCUCCACCACCGACCUCGGUCCCCAGCGUCGGCCCGAUGCGUCCCAGCUGCCCCCUGCCCGGCCUGGCGAGUUGAGGGAGUGUUACUACAACACCGAGGAGCAGAGCUCGUGCAGCGUCCUGGCCCGCAACACCACUCAGCAGGAGUGCUGCUGCACCGUGGGCCAGGGCUGGGGCAUGGGCUGCCAGUUCGACCCCUGUCCUCAACUAGGCACAGCCGAGCACCAGGCGUUGUGCCCCAGCGGACGUGGAUAUGUGACUGGGCCAAGAGUGUUUAGCUACAAAGAUGUGGAUGAGUGUAAACUGUUCCACCCUGAGGUGUGUAAGAGCGGUGUAUGUGUCAACAACAUCCCUGGCUAUUCCUGCUACUGCACCAGUGGCUACUACUACGAUAACGUGUUUCUGGAGUGCAUCGAUGUUGAUGAGUGUGAGGCAGGGGAGGACAGCUGUCCAGGGGGAAUCUGCGUCAACACAUUAGGCUCACACUUCUGUACCUGCGUGCCUCCUCUUGUGUUGGACGACACUCAGCGCAGCUGUGUCAAUUCCACUGGCCUCGCCGUGGAUGAGAAACUGUCCUUCUGCUGGCAGUAUGUCACACCAGACCUGGUGUGUCAGAGCCCCCUGCUGGGCAGACAGGUCACCUUCACUGAGUGCUGCUGUCUGUAUGGAGAGGGCUGGGGACUGCAGUGUGCUCUGUGUCCUGCCAGAGACUCAGAGGACUAUGAGGCUCGGUGUAACGUCAUCCUGAGGCCCCCAGAGUUUCCUCCCUCCUUCCCUGACCGCUACGGUCCGGACCCAGGGCCAGGACCCGGCAGAGGAGGAGGAGGGGGGUAUCGCGUGCCCUAUGGACCGGACUCCUUCCCAGAUCCCAUCCGCCGCAGGCCUGAGUACCCCCGGCCUGACUAUGACGACUACACACCACCAGGGGGCAGCAGGUCUGGCUUCAGAGGCAGAACGCCCAGCACAUUCAGCGUCCCAGAGAGCCCAUACAGACGGCCCUCAGGAUACAUUCCUGAGCGGUACUAUGACGAGGACGACUACGGUCCGCCUGACGCGCCUCCAAGACUUCCCUUCCGGACCCUCCCAGACCCUCGUUCUGAGCUUGCCUUUGGGGCGCGGCCCCCUCUCCCAAUCCCCGAGGGCCUCCCUCUGAGUCUGGCCCCCCUCCCGGACAGUGACCCCUACAGUGAGGAGGAGGAGGGGCUAGAACCCUGGCGUGUGGAACCCCCGUUCCCUGACAGACGGGGGCCAGUUGGUGGAGGCGGAGGCCCAAGGAGAGUCUAUGAGAGACGAUAUGAGCCGUAUGCAGGCCUGAGCACAGAGGACUGUGGGAUACUGCACGGCUGUGAGAACGGCAGGUGUAUCCGUGUGGCGGAGGGAUACACGUGUGACUGCUACGAGGGAUACGAGCUGGACAUGACCUCCAUGGCCUGCAUAGACAUCAAUGAAUGUGAGGAUCCUGACAACGUGUGUGCGAGCGGCCGAUGCAUCAACACAGACGGCUCCUAUCGUUGUGUGUGUCACCGAGGCUAUGUCAUGUCCCAUCGGUCCAACCGCUGUGUGGCGGCAUAACACAGCUACUACUUUGAACAUUGUCUUCCCCCACUCAACAGUCCUAUCUGCUACUAGGGAAGCAUCAGGGGCUCACUAAAAUACCUGUCCAAAAAAGCUGAGAGGGUUGUUCUCUGAAGAAAACGUCAAUGUACUGACGUAUCGUGUCUGAGAGAGAUUUGAGUCCAUAGAACUCUGAUAUUAAUACAGUUUGAGUCUUAUACAGCACGCACAACUCAUUAUACAUACACAUGAGCUCAACUACACACACACACACACACUUGAGACUGCUAUUUUAAAGCAGGUAAAUAAGUAUUAUGUCCCUUAGCCAACCUUUCUUUUGAAGUUGAAAUGCAUAGUGGUGAAAAAGAGGUUAACGUACAUUGUCCAGAAUCCUAACUAUACGAACAUGUAUUUAAAGGUAGGAUCCGGCCCAUUGAGAUUGCUCACUUUGAGCUCAGUCAUGUUCAACACACCGUGUUCUGUGCCUAGACCUGAGGCAGACAGGAACCAUUGAAUUGGGCCAGUGUAGUCUCCAAGACAAAGAUUUACAUUUCAGUCAUUUAGCAGACGCUCUUAUCCAGAGCGACUUACAGUAGUGAAUGCAUACAUUUCAUACAUUUUAUUCUGUGCUGGCCCCCCGUGGGAAUCGAACCCACAACCCUGGCAUUGCAAACACCAUGCUCUAUCAACUGAGCUACAGGGAAGGCUAAGAUGACACGCUACUGCUACAGACGAGCAGAGCCUUUGUCUAAGACGGAAUCUCUGUCUGUGGAUGUUUUGUUAACGAACGCUCUCUUCAGCUGGACUGUACAAAAAAAACCCCAGCAACAUCACAACAUCGCUGAACCAAAUUUGUAUUCCUCUAAAAUGUCAGUGACUUGUAUUCUCUCCAUUUGUUGAUUUUACAACCCCCCACUGAUGUUUAUGAUUGCUUCUUGUAUUAAUUUAUGCUGUUCAAAGUUAAAUGACUCUUUAUGUAAUAAUAACUUUUAUUAUUUUAUAGAAAUGUAUAUGCGGAAGAGGAAGCUACACAUCACUGACAUGUUUGUACAUUUAUUUCUUUAGACUUUUUUUUUUUACAUGAGAAUCGAAUGUACCUUAAAACUGAUAUAAGAUAGUUGACUUUGUAUUCACAAUUUGAAAUGUUGUUUGUGUGAUCAAUACACAAUCAGUGAUAAAAUACCAUGUACAUAUUUACAAUUGAGAAAAAACUUUUUUUUACCAAAUGAUAUCUGUUUCAGUGAGUAGAACCAUUUCUGUAAAUGUUCCUUCCUGGUGUAGUUUACAAGCUGAAACAAACCCAAAAACAUGUCCUCCUUUCAGCACCUAAAGAUGUAUAACACUAUGCACUGUAUUCGUGGACGACGUAGCCGUUGUGUACUUUUUAAACAAUAUUUUUUUGUUGUAAUUUUUUGUAUUUGUUUCUGGUUAAUUGUUUUGUCAGUGAUUUAAAAAAAAAUCUUUAUUGCUAUGAAAACUAUUUGAAAAUAUAUUUGCACACUUUCCAUUCCAA